AGUAACUUAAGGCGAUCGCAGCUACACCGACAUUGAUGGUCGAUAUAUUGUGUUCACAAUGCAGGGACGAGUGGAAGAAGCAGACGAUAAACAAAAUGGCCGUGGAUUUCUGGCAAAAUGGAAGAAUACAGCUUACAGGGCCAGACUUCUACACACAACAUGGCUGUUUUUAUCUUUCAUUUCACUGGGUUUUAUCGGCGGACAAAGAGGACCUUCAUUUUUAGAUCUCCAACUUCUAACUAAUACUGAUGUAGAAGAGGCAUCUCUAUUCUUUACUUCCGCUGCUGUUGGUGGGUUGAUUGGUGCGCUGGUAAUUGGUGCUUCAUAUGACAGAUUCAACAAACCUAGAUUAAUAUUUCUGGCUAAUAUUGGUAUGGGUGUAUGUGUGGGUGUUGUACCACAAUGUCGACAAUAUCCUCUCAUGAUAUUCAUCUGGUUCAUCACCGGGUUUUUUAUGAGAGGUCUAGAAACAGCUGGAACAGCCGAUGUUGUCCGAGUGUGGAAGUCAGAGACUCGACCGUAUAUGUUUAUCGUUCAUUUAGGAUUGUCCACGGGAUCAUUAUUCUCCCCGUUGGUAACAGAACCCUUUCUUGUGCCAAAACACUUAGUAGAGAAGCAAACAUUAGACACAGGGGUAUCGUGCAACGCUACUUUUGUGUCCAUUGAAAACCCACCAAACAUUUCUUGUAUCAACAACCAAACAAAUUCAUUCCAGCCCACAACCUACGUAAUACAAUUACAACAUGCUUUUAUUAUAUCGGCCAUUUUAGCCGGUUUAGCGUCAUUGCCGUUCUUAGUAAAAAGUUUUAAGGACGAAAGUACACUAGCCAAGGUAGAUAAUUCGAGAAAAGCCGAAGAACAACGAACCGUUCCUCCAUUAUAUUAUGUUAUAUCGAUUUUGUUAAUUAUGUGUAUGCAUAUAUGUAACAGCGGUAUCUUUGACGCAUUUUCUGCAUUUCUAAUGACUUUUGUUGUGAAACAACUGGACUGGUCGAAAAAAGAUGGCGCCUUAGUAACGUCAGCUUUCUGGGCGUGUUUAGUUACGACCCGGAUUAUCGUCAUUUUUGUUGUGGAUUUGAUUACCCCGGCGAAACUUUUACUAUUUGCUUUGUGCUUUGUAAUAUGUGCCUUAAUAGGGUUAUGUAUGUGUGCUCUAUAUUUAGUACAUACGGGUAUUUGGGUGUUUGUGUGUGUCGCAGGCAGUGCUUUAUCAGUUCUAUUUCCAACACUAAUCGCACUCGCGGACAAAGAGCUCAUACCAGUAAACGGAAAAGUGUCUUCAUUCAUCCUGGUUGCUGGGGCAAUUGGUCUUCUUACAAACCCGGUGCUAUUAGGAUUCUUCAUCAAAGAGUUCUCUGCCCUUUGGUUUUGUUAUCUGUUGCUAAUCGAGGCUAUCAUGUCCGUCGUUUUUCUGUUUUUGAUUUUGAUUUACGGAAGAAUGAUAUUAAAGAGAGUUCGAAAAAGGACCGUCAUGGAAAUAGACAUUGAUUCAGAACAUUUUGUCCAGGACACAUUAAUGGACGAUUUAAAGAAUGUUGAUGUGAAUUUAGACGACAAAUCUCAUGUUUAGUUUGUUUAGUUAGUUUUCGAGCGUCUAACAUACAUAAUACUGCAGACUCAAUCCGACGUAUCAACUGCUGAGUUUUGUCGAAUUCGUUCAUUGGAUCUGUUGGUGACCGAAUUUGAAGCUUCCCUUGAUUCAUUCAUCGACGCUUUGCGGAAGUUUGAGCACUCCAAAUACCGAAUGUUCAGCACAUACCAUCAUAGCCUCGAUCACUCCAAGGUAAAUUCAUCAUGUCCACUUUGACGGCAACAAAUGUUAGUCUGGAUAAAAUGCAAUCAUUUUGCCAUAUAGGAAUUGGAGUCUCGUCAAUGACUUGAAUAAAACUAUAGAUAACUAGAUUCAAUCCUAAAGUAGUUUUCAUCAUAUCUCACUGGACGUUUUCAGCAUGUCUAAGUUAACCUAGUCAUCAACAGCUGUUAUGCGGUGUCUCCAAGGAGGUCGAAUUAUCUUCACUUUUGAGCUGAUAACUCUCGGCUCAUUGACAGCUUCAAAUCAAAUCGGGUUAACCAACAUAUUGUCAUCAGGAAGUUGGAAGGUUGUUCAUAAGGUGUUAAAUUCUGGAUCUUAUCCAACAUGCUAAUACUUAUCGAAAGAAAGACCAGACACAAGAAAUGUGACAUUUAAUCUAUCAAAAGGAACUGCUGCAAUCCUAGCUCAAAACUCUGUGCCUUCCAGAACUGACUAUUGUAAUUCUUUACUAACUGGUUAGGGUUCUGCCAAGGAAUCAAAAUCGUGCGGCUUACAUCGUCACUAAAACUGUCUGUUCUCGCCCAUAUACAACUACGACAAUAAAUAACAAAAAUUAUGCAUUAA